GUAUGUUUUGAUGGAAGUUGACGACCCCGAUGAGGAGGGUAAAUGUCGGCAUUUGGUACGGGGCCUCACUUGGGCUGAGUACCAUCAAGACUCGGCCUCCCCGACUAUAGAGGAGCUAGAGGCUGCUGGGCUACGAUGGAGGAUUCUGGGAGGAGGCAGGAUACGAUAUAGUGCUGAGAAUAAGGCAUUGCAUAUAUAUGGUCACAG